UCUCUGCAAGGAUGUGGGAGUGAGCAUGCUCAAAGCCCUGAUCGUUACCAUGGCGAUGUAUGGCGGCGGCGGCGGCCAGGCUUGUAGCGGGCAGGAGAACUGCUCCAGCGAGUCCAAAGACUACUGCUACUCGGCCCGCAUCCGCAGCACGGUGCUGCAGGGUCUGCCGUUCGGAGGAGUGCCCACUGUGCUCGCCCUCGACUUCAUGUGCUUCCUGGUGCUACUCUUCGUCUUCUCCAUCCUGAGAAAGGUGGCGUGGGACUAUGGACGCCUGGCGCUGGUCACUGACGCUGACAGCGUUGCCUCGGCGAUGCACUCAGAGACGCCGGACCGCUACGAACGCCUGACCUCCGUCUCCAGCUCAGUGGACUUUGAACAGAGAGACAACGGCUUCUGCUCGUGGCUGACGGCGAUCUUCAGAAUAAAGGAUGAAGAGAUCAGGGAGAAGUGUGGCGAGGAUGCCGUUCACUAUCUCUCCUUCCAGCGUCACAUCAUCGGCCUGCUGGUCGUGGUCGGCGUUCUCUCUGUCGGCAUCGUCCUGCCCGUCAACUUCUCUGGAGAUCUGCUGGAAAACAACGCCUACAGCUUCGGACGGACCACGAUAGCCAAUCUGAAGUCCGGGACCAACCUGCUGUGGCUCCACACCGUGUUCGCCUUCAUGUACCUGCUCCUGACGGUCUACAGCAUGAGGAGACACACGUCCAAGAUGCACUACAAGGAGGACGACCUGGUGAAGCGCACUUUAUUCAUCAACGGCAUCUCCAAGUACGCCGAGGAGACCCAGAUCAAACAGCACUUUGAGCAGGCGUACGAGAACUGCACGGUGCUGGAGGCUCGGAUCUGCUACAACGUGGCCAAACUGAUGUCUCUGAACGCCGAGAGGAAGAAGACGGAGCGCAGUAAGAAGUUCUUCACUGACCUGAUGGCGAAGGAACACGUCCCCACCAUGAUCAACCCCAAACCGUGCGGACACCUCUGCUGCUGCGCCAUCACCGGCUGUGAGGAGGAGGAGGCGGUCAGCUUCUACACCAAGAGAGAGUCCAAACUGAAGGAGGAGUACAGGAAGGAGAAGGAGAAGGUCCACACAAAGCCGCUCGGCAUGGCCUUCGUCACCUUCCAGAACGAGUCCAUGACCGCCAUUAUUUUGAAGGACUUUAACGCGUGUCAGGUUCAGGGCUGUCGGUGUCGUCAGGAGCCUCGCUCCUCUCAGUUCAGCGAGUCUCUCCACGUUCACAACUGGAGCGUUUCGUACGCGCCCGACCCGCAGAACGUCCGCUGGGAGCACCUGUCUCUGGGAGGGAUCUCCUGGUGGAUCCGCUGUUUCAUCAUCAACUGUAUCCUCUUCCUCCUGCUCUUCUUCCUCACCACGCCCGCCAUCAUCAUCUCCACCAUGGACAAGUUCAACGUCACCAAGCCGGUCGAGUACCUCAACAACCCCAUCGUCACUCAGUUCUUCCCCACUCUGCUGCUCUGGGCGUUCUCCGCUCUGCUGCCGACCAUCGUGUACUACUCGGCCUUCUUUGAGGCUCACUGGACCAGGUCUGGAGAGAACAGAACAACGAUGCAUAAAUGCUACACCUUCCUGAUCUUCAUGGUCCUGCUGCUGCCGUCUCUGGGACUGAGCAGCCUGGACGUUUUCUUCCGCUGGCUGUUCGAUAAGAAGUUCUUGGCUGAUGCUAAAGUCCGAUUUGAGUGUGUCUUCCUGCCGGAUAACGGAGCGUUCUUCGUGAACUACGUCAUCGCCUCUGCGUUCAUCGGUAACGCCAUGGACCUGCUGAGGAUCCCCGGUCUGCUCAUGUACAUGAUCCGCCUGUGCCUCGCUCGCUCUGCAGCGGACCGCCGCAACGUCAAGAGGCAUCAGGCCUACGAGUUUCAGUUCGGAGCGGCGUACGCCUGGAUGAUGAACGUCUUCACGGUGGUCAUGGCCUACAGCAUCACCUGCCCCAUCAUCGUCCCCUUCGGUCUGAUGUACAUGCUGCUGAAACACCUGGUUGACCGGUACAACAUGUACUACGCCUACCUGCCCUCCAAGCUGGACAAGAAGAUCCACUCGGGCGCCGUCACUCAGGUGGUGGCCGCUCCCAUCCUCUGCCUCUUCUGGCUGCUCUUCUUCUCCACCGUACGCACAGGUUUUCAGACUCCGACCUCCAUGUUCACUCUGGUGGUCCUGGUCGUCACCAUCGUGGUCUGUCUGUCUCACGUCUGCUUCGGACACUUCAAGUACCUCAGCGCGCACAACUACAAGAUCGACACCAAGGAGGCCGACGUGGAGGCUGUGGAGAACGGACGUCCAGUUCGCCCCACAUCCUCUCCCACCAUCAAGUCUCAGCAGCAGCAGCAGCAGCAGCAGCAGCAGAUGUACAUCGCUCAGGUUCUGCAGGACCCAAACUCAGACGAGCCCGGCGGGGGGAGCGGCGAGGAGGACCGGGGCUCGUCCCAGGACGAGGAGAUGUUGAACGGGGGGAACAGCAUCAACGAGGCGGAUUUUCAGUCAGGGGAGGACAGUCUGAUAGCAAACGAGGUCCACCAGUAGCAGGGGGUGGAGCCAGAGGGAGAGGGAGGAGCAUGAGGGUCGUCGCUCACGCAACAGUGAAAAAAAAGCUGACUGGAGAAUCACUACACAUCCAAACACACAUAGAGCUAGUAUGACACAGUUAGCUCCUCCCCCUCCCCGCUCGAAGACUUGAUCCUGACCUCCGACGCCGGCGCCGGGUCGCCAACAUUCAGUCCCUGCACGCCUGUGGAGACCUGAUGGACGUGAGACCGUCUCCACAGGACUCACUGUACAUAACCACAAAGCCAAAAGUUCUCUUGUGUUUUUUUCUGGGGGUGGGGGGGCGGGUUGAAAAUUCGUGCCUGGGCUGGAUUUCGUUUGUUCGCGCUCGUGUCUUGACUCCUGACGGGUCGCAGGAACUCGACCUGUUUCGGGGUCAACGCUGACAUCCUCCCACAUCAGAGUGCCGAACAUCUCGCCACCCGCCAGCUCUCGUAGUGGUAGAAAGCCUCGCUUACGCAGACGCACCGCAGACCCCCUCCCCUGUUAGCCGGUCUCGGUUCUCGUUUGGUGGACUCGUGGACUCGUGGAUGUUUUUGGUUUUUCGACACAUCACCUGGAAGUUUGGGGAUUUUCUUUGACCUGCUGAGCUUCGCUGCAUGUUCAGAGUCCUGUCCGGAUCAAUGACGUCGUCCCUUUCAGAUGAUGUCAUCAGUGACAGGCUUAAGCGGCCAAUGACAUCGGCCCUGAUCCCAGCAGCCCCUCCUCCCACCUUUAAGCUGGGCCGCCCCGGAUCCAACGCGAACCCUCCCCUGGUUUUGAUUUCACCUGAACUACCUUAACUCCUGACCACGGGGACCAGAGGGGACGGGGACGUUUGUGUCUGUGUAGGUUUAGCCUCAGAGCUGGUUUCAUCCAUGGACUUGGACUCUGGGGGGACGUCCCCCCAUCCCAGCAGCAGCAGAACCCGCGAGUUAGAGCCGGGUAGACGUCUGGACGGUCUACCCUCAUCGCCUGAACCUGAAGCUGUCAGGAUCCUCAAGGGAACAGUGUGUGUGUGUGUGUAUAUGUGUGUGUGUGAGUGUGAGUGUGAGUGUGUGUGUGUGUGUGCGUGCGUGUGUGUGUGUGUGUGCGUGAGUAUGAGUGUGUGUGUGUGUGUGUGUGUGCGUGAGUGAGUAUGAGCGUGAGUGUGUGUGUGUGUGUGUGUGAGUGUGUGUACUGGUGAGUGUGUGAGUGCGUGUGUGUGUGUGUGAGUGCUUGUGUGAGAUCUUGUACAAGUGCGUGUGUAUUUGCGUGUGUGUGUGUGUACUGAAGUGUGUGAGUGCGUGUGUGUGUGCGUGCGUUUGUGUGUGUGCGUGUGUGUGUGAGUGUGGGUGUGUGUGAGUGUGUGUGUGUGUGAGUGUGUGUGUGUGAGGGUGAGUGUGUGUGUGUGUGUGUGAGAGUGUGUGUGUGAGUGUGUGUGUGUGAGUGUGAGAGUGUGUAUGUGUGUGAGGGUGUGUGUGGGUGGGUGAGAGUGUAUAUGUGUGUGUGUGAGUGUGUGUGUGUGAGGGUGAGUGUGUGUGUGUGUGUAUGUGUAUGUGUGUGUAUAUGUGUAUGUGUGUGUAUAUGUGUGUGUGUGUGAGUGUGUGUGUGUGUGUGUGUGUAUGUGGGUGAGAGUGUGUAUGUGUGUGUGUGUGAGUGUGUGUGGCUGGGUGAGAGUGUGUAUGUGUGUGUGUGUGUGAGUGUGUGUGUGUGUGUGUGUGUGUGUGUGUGUGUGUGUGGGGACACAGAGCUGGACUAUGAAAGCUGUGGCCUGCAGGUCACACGCCGGAGAAGCGUCUGUGUCCUCUUGAGGACGUGUCCUUGAGUCCGUCUCCUCCAGCGGGCGUCUGCUGGUCUGAUUGUAUGUACCUGAACCUGAACCUGAACCUGAACCAGAAGGAUCUUGAUCUGAGGUCUGACCCUGAGACCGGAGGAUCAGCUCAGCAGCUCUCCACCCUCAGCUCUUUGUAGUCUGCAUCAUAGGUGACCCUGAAACCAGAUCAAGUAUUCCGGUCUAACCUCCUCCUGAUCAAGGAUCUGGUGUGUGUGGGGAUAACUUUGAUCCAAGACCUCAGACUGAUCCUGAUCCAGCUAACCCUAACACUAACCCUGAUCAGGUCUUUGUGUGAAAUAAACACCUGACACACAGACUUCAGUCUGUGAGACAGAACCAUGAUAUGAACCAUACGAGCUCUGAAGUCCUCCUCACAGGGACUGAUCCAUGUUCUGGUCUUCAGUCUCCUGGACCUCGUCAGAUUAGGAAACGUCCCUCACAUGAUGGACUUCAGCUUGAUUUUAUCACGGGACCCUGAGACAGAAUGAGGUCACUGUGAGGUCAGAUCAAGGUCAAGGUGAGAUCACAGUGAGGUCACAGUAGGUUCAGAGUGAGGUCAGAGGUCACUGUGAGGUCUGAGGUCACAUUUAGGUCAGAUUGAGGUCACACUGAGGUCUUAGGCCAGAUUGAGGAGACACUAUGGUCUCACUGAGGUCUUAGGUCUGAUUGACCUCGAUCUGACCACUGCUCUCAGUCAGAGGUCAGAUCGAGGUCAACGUGAGAUCACAGUGAGGUCACAGUAAGUUCAGAGUGAGGUCAGAGGUCACAGUGAGCUCAGAGGUCACAGUGAGGUCUGAGGUCACAUUGAGGUCACAUUUAGGUCAGAUUGAGGUCACACUGAGGUCUUGGGCCAGAUUGAGGAGACACUAUGGUCUCACUGAGGUCUUAGGUCAACGUGAGAACACAGUGAGGUCACAGUAAGUUCAGAGUGAGGUCAGAGGUCACAGUGAGGUCAGAGAUCAAAUUGGGGUGACACUGAAGUCUCACUGAGUUCUUAGGUCACAUUUAGGUUACGCUGAGGUCAGAUCGAGGUCACACUGAGGUCAUACUAAGGUCACACUGAGGUAACACUAAGGUCACACUUUGGUCACACUAAGGUCACACUGAGGUCACACUAAGGUCACACUUUGGUCACACUAAGGUCACACUGAGGUCACACUAAGGUCACACUGAGGUCAGAUUGAGGUCACACUGAGGUCACACUGAGGUCAUAUUGAGGUCACACUGAGGUCACACUGAGGUCACACUGAGGUCACAUUGAGGUCACAGAGCUUCGUGGUGGUUCAGGUGUCUGUAUUUGAUUCAGGUGACGAGCUGAGGGCAGACCUGAGGGCUGAGAGCUGCUGCGUUCACUGACCUCUCUGGGUGCAGUAAAGUGAAGAUGCCCAUGAUGAUGAUGAUGAUGAUGAUGAUGAUAUUUUUGUAACCUGCUGACUGAAGUAUUUGAUACUGACGAGUGAAACACAAACGUGGAGACGCUGUGACCAUAACGACGACGACGCUGAUGUAAAGUGUAACUACAGUUUUUAUUAAUCAGACGCUGCUUCUUGCUUUUCUUAGUUUUUUAAAUCGUCUCUGAAGGAAGAGAGGACGGAGAGAGAGACGAGGCUCUGGAGAAGAGAACCGUGUAAAAUAUAACCCGUGUAAAUAACCAUGAGCUGCACCGUGGUCGUGGAGGCGAGCUGACGGCGCCUCGCUCCUCUCACCUUUUAAUUUAUUGCUGUGACUCUAUUUAUUUUUACUUCAGGUCGUCUGUACAGUGAAACAUUUGUCCUAUUUAUGUUACUGAUCAAUAAAAUGGCUUCAUCUGUA